CCCCACAGAUGCCACGGAGCCUCUCCACAGCCCUGCGUGUGGUCGGGACCAGCCUCUUUGCCUUGGCGGUGCUGGGGGGCAUCCUCGCCGCCUACGUCACGGGCUACCAGUUCAUCCAUACGGAGAAGCACUACCUCUCCUUCGGGCUCUACGGGGCCAUCCUGGGGCUGCACCUCUUCAUCCAGAGCCUCUUCGCCUUCCUGGAGCACCGGCGCAUGCGGGGCGAGGGGCGGCCGGUGCGGCUCGGGCGCUCGGUGGCCCUCUGCAUCGCCGCCUACCAGGAGGAUCCCGACUACCUGAAGAAGUGCCUGCGCUCUGUCAAGCGCAUCGCCUUCCCCGACCUCAAAGUGGUGAUGGUGGUGGAUGGGAACGGCCCCGACGACACCUACAUGCUGGACAUCUUCCAUGAAGUGAUGGGCUCCGAGCACUCGGGCAGCUACGUCUGGAGGAGCAACUUCCACGCGCAGGGCGAGGGGGAGACGGAGGCCGGGCUGCAGGAGGGGCUGGCGCGUGUCCAGGCGCUGGUGCGUGGCAACACCUACUCCUGCAUCCUCCAGAAGUGGGGCGGGAAGCGGGAGGUGAUGUACACGGCCUUCCGGGCGCUCGGAGACUCCGUGGACUACAUCCAGGUGUGUGACUCAGACACGGUGCUGGACCCCGCCUGCACCGCCGAGAUGCUCCGCAUCCUGGAGGCCGACCCCCGCGUCGGCGGCGUCGGCGGCGACGUCCAGAUCCUGAACAAGUACGACUCGUGGAUCUCCUUCCUGAGCAGCGUGCGGUACUGGAUGGCCUUCAACGUGGAGCGUGCCUGCCAGAGCUACUUCGGCUGCGUGCAGUGCAUCAGCGGGCCCCUGGGCAUGUACCGCAACGCCCUGCUGCAGCAGUUCCUCGAGGACUGGUACCACCAGACCUUCCUGGGCAGCAAGUGCAGCUUCGGGGAUGACCGGCAUCUCACCAACCGCGUGCUCAGCCUGGGCUACCAGACCAAGUACACGGCUCGCUCCAAGUGCCUGACGGAGACCCCGACCCGCUACCUGCGCUGGCUCAACCAGCAGACCCGCUGGAGCAAGUCCUACUUCCGCGAGUGGCUCUACAACGCCCUGUGGUUCCACAAGCACCACCUCUGGAUGACCUACGAGUCGGUGGUCACCGGCUUCUUCCCCUUCUUCCUCAUCGCCACGGUCAUCCAGCUCUUUUACCGCGGCCGCAUCUGGAACAUCCUCCUCUUCCUGCUGACAGUGCAGCUGGUGGGCAUCAUCAAGGCCACCUACGCCUGCUUCCUGCGGGGCAACGCCGAGAUGAUCUUCAUGUCCCUCUAUGCGCUCCUCUACAUGUCCAGCCUGCUGCCUGCCAAGAUAUUCGCCAUUGCCACCAUCAACAAGUCGGGCUGGGGCACCUCGGGGCGCCGGACCAUCGUGGUGAACUUCGUGGGGCUGCUGCCGGUGUCGGUGUGGGUGGCGGUGCUGCUGGGCGGCUUGGCCUACACCGCCUACAGCCAGGACCUCUUCAGCGAGACCGAGGUGGCCUUCCUCGUCUCGGGGGCCAUCCUCUACGCCUGCUACUGGGUGGCCCUCCUCACCCUGUACCUGGCCAUCGUGGCGCGGCGCUGCGGCAAGCGGCAGGAGCAGUGCGGGUUGGCCUUUGCCGAGGUCUGA